AAUGUUACAAAUCCUCGUUGUGCUUUCUGGAACUUUACUGGAGCAGAUGGUAUUGGUAAUUGGUCUAUUGAUGGUUGUACUACAGUAGUUGAUCCUAAUGAUCUCAGUAGUGUCACUUGUUACUGUGAUCACUUAGCCAAAUUUGCAUUGCUUGUUGAUAUAUCUACUAGGACUGGUAAUGGUACUUCUCCUCCAUUUGGUGUUAGAGUUGGAUUGGAAGUAAUCACUUAUGUUGGAGUGUGUGUCUCAUUGGUUGGACUGAUCUUAACAAUCCUAACAUUGCUGGUAUUCAAAAAAUUAAGAAAGAAAGAUUCCAGCAAGUUUCACAUUCAGCUAUGUCUCUCAUUGUGCUUUGUGCUAAUCAUAUUUAUCACUGGAGUUAGUAGAACAUCAGUGAGGCCACUUUGUAUAAGCAUAGGAGCUCUUAUACAUUACUUCACUCUUGUUUUCUGGAUGUGGAUGGGAGCAGAAGCUGUGCUGAUGUUCCAAAAAAUAGUAAUAGUGUUUACAAACAUAACUUGGCGAUAUAUAUUAAUAGUGUCUAUUGUUUGUUGGAGUGUACCGCUAAUACCAGUAGCAGUCUUAUCAGGCAUUGAUUAUAACUACUACAUUACACUAAACAUGAACUCAGAAUUGUAAGCAUCAUCUCAUUAAUUGUGUAU